AACAUAUAAAAGGCUUAUUGUUUAGUUUUUAUUCCAUUCUCAAGUUCUAACUCGAGCAAUAAACAACUUAAAAUGAUCUCCAAAGCCGUAGUCUUCAUCUGCGCUCAAGCUCUCAUGAUGCAGUCCAUCACCGGACAGUGCAUCGGCGCGGGUUGGGGCGCCGCGCCUUACGCCGGCACUUGGGCAGGCGCUCCCUUCGGCGCUGCCGGUCUCUGUGGCGCUGAACUGAUCGCCACUCCCGCUUUCUCCGGCGGCGCUCUCCCAGUGGCCAGCGCCUCCGCUAUCCCCCCGAACGGAGUUUCCGUGCUGUCUGAGAACACUUAUUGCGGAGACCUCGCCGUCCGCGGCGCUCUGCCGUUCUUGGGAACUGUUGGUCUCGAGGGCGCCCUGCCCACUGCUGGUGCCGGUGCGGUCGCGUACGGUUGCGGCAACGGAGAGGUCGCUAUGUUGAGCGAGGACAUUGGUGCUGCUGGUAUUGCCGGUGCCGCUAUCGGACCCUUUGGCUACGGUAACGGCUACGGCUACGGCUACGGCUACAACGGUCUGGCUGGAGCCACCAUCGGCCGCGCUGGCUGCGGGUGCGGACGUGCUGGUUUAUAUUAAGAAGCCGCAUUCAUGAUUUUCUGAACAACAAAUAAACAUUAUCUAAGCAAUUA